AUGCCAUACAACAAUCGAGGCGGUCCCUCUCAAAAGAGCACGAACUGGCGGCGACAGCCUCUGGUCCAACAGUACCCGCAGCAGCCGUUUGGCACCAAGAUUCAAUCGCUGGUCGUCGACGACCUCUCCCCUGAGGCAGAGGCGUUCGAGCGCAAAGCCGUCAUCUCAGGCUGCGUACCGGUCGCUUCAUACAGCUGGCUCAAUGUUCAGGACCCUACCAUCCUUGUCCCUGGCAAGCCGCCGCGCUGGACCCCCCUGAGAACUCCAUCCCCACUUCCCGAGGACAGCGGCGACUACUACCGCGACAAGAACGCUGCUCGCUAUCCAAAGCAUCCGAUGGAGCCAACUGUUCUGGCUUCUCUGGCUACUCCAUCAUCGUCAUCGACUCCAGUCGAUGGUGACAUAGACAUCGUCGCAUGUAGCAGCACCUUGGGGAACCUUCUCAGGUUCGCGAAAGGCCAGGACAAGCUGUUCCGCAUGCUCGUGGAGGUGGUCGACGGGACUGUGUUCUUCAUCCGGAGAGAGAACUUCCCUACCGAGCUGAUUGAGGGAGUCCGCGGUUUUGGACACAGCUUCCCCGAGUACUACACCACCUGGGACAGUGACGUGAAGGACUCUGACAACCACCAGCGAAUCUUGCGAUACUCCCUCGGGGGGCUCAGCCUUCUAGUUCGCUUCGGAGUGGAUGGUUACAUGAUCAGCAACACCGAGAAGGUGAAUGGGACGCCAAUUCCAGCUGCAACAAGCAGCGUGCCUUCUUCUCUUUCAGCACUCGAGGCGUCUCUGAGUACCACAAAGAUCUCGUCCCAAAAAUCGCCUGCCACAGACAGUGUCUCGUUGAGGUCAGGCGGGGAGAUGGUUGACCAGUCCGCCAUCUUCGACCUGAAGACCCGAAGCAUUAAGAAGAAAGCGGAUGAUACCAUUGGCGAUGAGCUCCCGCGUCUUUGGGUUGCUCAAAUCCCAAACUUCAUCCUGGCUUAUCACCAGAACGGCUUCUUCAGCGAGGAGAACAUCCAGAUCCACGACGUCCGACGUCAGCUCGAGACAUGGGAGGUGGACAACUCGGCUGCUCUCUCUAAAUACGCCGCUCUACUCCACCGCAUUGUUGACCUCGUGCGGCAUGGUAACUGUACGAAGAUUGAGGUGUGCCACACUCGGGCGGGUAUCCUGGAGAUCCGUGAGCAAUUGCCAGCCUGUGGCGAUGCUUUGUCCCCGGCAGUGAAGGACAUGUGGCACGCAAGAAGAGAUCUCGGGGGAGGGGAAUCGAGCUCAGAGGCGGAAGAUGAGUUCAAGUGGGACGAUCAGAAUGAUGAAGAUUUCACGGCUUGUACGGCUGCUUGUGGCUACUGCGGUCAUUGCACAUAUCGACAGAUCUUGGGUCACUGCGGGGGAUAUUUGUCGCGUGGUCAUGUGACCACAUGUCCCCACUGUUAG